AUGUCUCUUCACCGCACACUCGCUUCUCUUGCGCUGUUCGGCGGUCCGGCCCUUGCUGCGUCGACCGUUAAGCAGCUCUUCAACUUCACCACCUAUGUCGAUAUCGAGAACAGCCAUCUGCGCCCCAAUGGCAAUCUACUCCUGAGCACCUUUGCCAACGGCAGUCUCUAUCAACUUGAUACGGCCGUCUCGAGCCCGGAAGCCCAACUCGUCGCGGAGCUGCCUGGUGCCACCGCUCUUACCGGCAUUGCUACCAUCGGGACGGACAAGUUCGCGGUUAUCGGCGGCGUGCGCGGUACCUACGAGUAUUCCAACGAGACCGUCUACACGGUCGAGUUCUCCAAGACCGCGAACGUGACCGUCAGCGUCGCCGCCACACUUCCCGACGCCGUCAUGCUCAACGGCAUCGACUCGCUUCCCGCGUACCCGAAUGUCAUUCUGGCGGCCGAUUCGCGCGUCGCUGCCAUCUGGCGCAUUGACACGGACACCGGCGCCGUCGAGAGCAUCCUCGAGGACGACGCGUUCAACGCUACGGAGACCGCGACGGUCCCCAUCGGCAUCAAUGGGUUGAAGGUCUUCAACGGAUCCGUUUACUUCACCAACACUGCGCGUGCGACGUUCGGCCGCGUGGCGAUCACCGACGACGGCUACCCCGAUGGCGAUAUUGAGAUCAUCGCUACCCUCAACGACACGGCAUACGACUGGGACGACUUUGUCAUCAACCCCGUCACCGGUAUCGCGUACGUUGCUCAGGCGAACUCUGCUGUUGCCAGCAUCGCGCCGGACGGCACGCAGUCCAUCAUCCUCGGUGGCGAGAACUCGACCGUGAUCGUCGGCCCGACAUCCAUCACGCUCGCCUUAGACAACACGACUGCCUACGUGACAUCGCGCGGGGGUACGGUUGGGGAUUCGACAUUCCAGUACAGCGGUCAGGUCGUCGAGUUUACUGUGUAA